ACGAAACUGCCGCCAUUGAUCAUCAAGAGCAAAAAAAAAAACGCCGUUCCUUCAAAUCAACACCGUUGGAAAAAUAUUUGGAAUUAUCACGAAAAGGAUAAAAUUAACGGAUUUACUUUCAAUUUCAAGAAAUACAGGUAGGAGCAUCUUUAUUAAUAAACAUGUAUAAAAAUACGAGAAAAGAAGAUCUACUACAGAUCGCAUUUGAAUUAGGAAUAACUGUACUGGAAAACGCUACGUUAAUUACUCUAAAAGGCUUAAUUGAAUCAAGUGAAGUAUUCAAAGCGAACGUAGAUUUCGUUAAAUAUCUAGUCGCAUCAACCGUCGAAGAACGAAAAGCCCGCGAAGAUAACGAAAGUGCUAAGAUAGAAUUAGAAAAAAUUAAACUCGCACAGCUGGAACGACAAAUCGAAUUAGCAAACCUUCGAAACACUCCUAGUGCCAACCUGAACUCAUCUAGAAAUUCAGACGCAAGUGAAGAUGGUCUCGAUAUCGAAAAAGCAUGCCGAACACUUAGCAUGCCUAUGCCGACAAGACCGGAGAACUACAGCUUAUUUUUUCAAUCUCUAGAACGUUCGUUUACCACAAAAAGAGUACAGGAUGAAAUAAAAUCUGAAAUAUUUAUAAAUAUUUCAGGCGAAAAAGCAAGUCACGUUUUAUUAAACAUUUCAGAAAAUGAUCUCCGAGAAUAUGAAAAAGUUAAAAAUGCCGUUUUGAAACAUUUUCAGCCAACACCACACGAAUGUUUAAUGAAUUUUCGAAAAUCUCAACGCAUGCCAGAUGAAUCACACACACAAUUUGCAUCACGAUUAACAACAUCCCUCGAGUAUUAUUGCAAAAUACGCAAAGCAACUGACUUUAAAACAUUAUCCCAGUUAAUUAUCGCCGAUAAACUCUAUUCAACAUUAGAUUAUGAAACUCAAUCGCAUAUUACCAUAAUUCAAGGUGAAGAAUGGUUAAAACCUCCAGAACUUGCUCAAAAAUGUGAUGUUUUCUUUACGUCAAAACGAAAAUCGCUAAGUUAAACAAGAUAAAAUUUCAGAAGAAAUCAGCAGAGUCCAAAACACUACCGUCAACAACCGUUCGACAACAAGCAAAAAAAUAACUCAUUUCAAAGUUUUAAUCGUAAUUCAUAUGAGAGAAAUCCUACAGAAUACCAACCACGAAAUAAUUCCCGCGAAAGCUUUCCCAGAAACGAAACUAAUUCAAAUCGUAGAUUUAACUCAAAUCAAGAUCCUGUUUGCAAAGUGGAAGCUAAAAUAUUUAAUGAAUCUAAGCAUGAAUUACAAUAUGAAAAAAUUUUCGUUAAAAAUAAACUAGUCGUUCAAUCGUUAGUUGAUUCGGGAGCCAAUAUUAUUUGCGUCCGAGAUCACUUAAUUCCCUCCAAAACAAUAAGUGUUGGAACUGUUCAAUUAACUUGUGCUUUCGGAAAUGAAGUACAAGCGGAACUUUCAAAAAUAAAAUUAGCUCUUCCAAGUUUUCGUGAAUAUCCCAUAACAGUAACGGCAGCCGUUUGUAAA